CUGAAGCAAUGAAAGGUGUGGCAAAACGACAAAGUCAGUACAUAUUUCUCAAGUUUAUAAACAACACGUUUUAUCGAGGUAGAUCAGUAAUUUUUAUACUUAAUAGAGCAAACAAUCAAUAUGUCUGUUGAUAAGCAAGAGUAUCAUCGCGCGUCAAAUGCGGUAGUUUUUGGGGGAGUUAUCACAUACAUUGCUGGUUUAUUACUGGUAAUGGCAUUUACAAGCCCCUAUUGGAUUCAGUCUUAUCAAGAAACCUUUAGUAAUUUUAAGCAUAUGGGACUUUGGGAAUAUUGCUUUGAACAAUUUCGAUAUCCAUAUUAUCAGUUUGACAAACAAUUUGAUGGAUGUCAUCACAUCUUUUCUGAGGAAUAUCAUGUGAUUCGAGAGUGGUUAUUACCAGGCUGGCUAAUGAUAGUUCAAGCUUUUGUAACCCUUGCUCUUUUGCUCUCAUUCUUUGCCCAAGUUGUAAUUGCACUGACUUUAGUUCGUUGGCCUUUGAAAUUUGUAUUAAACUAUGAAUGGCUUCUCUCUGCAACUGCCUUUUUGUGUUGUGCAUCAGCAGGCACACUGUUGUUUCUAGCAGUGUCAAUCUUUGGAGGGCAAUGCUGGCGCAGAGAUUGGUUAAUGUAUCCAAAUUUCAACCAUUUGUCAUGGUCAUAUGGUUUAGCAGUGAUCUCAUUUAUGUUCCACUGGUUUGCAGCUUUUUUCUUGUAUCUAGAUGCAAAAGCUGGCUACAGAUUGCGUAAAGAAUCUCAUAAUUUAGUUAUGCAAAUGCAGCCUAAUCCGCAAAGCCAUCAAGGUUUAUCAAGGGGAGGAUACAUAUAACUGAUUGUCACCAUCAUAGUAUUGAAAAAGUAUUUAAUUGCAGAAUGAGUUUUAAUUAAAAUCAUAGAUCUGCUUUCAAAGUUAUUACGUUACACGACCAUCAUCGUGCAACUGAGUUCAUCUGCGUGUAUUUCAUUAAUACUAUUUAAUUCCGUCCACGUUUUUUUUUUUUUUUU